AUGAAGCUGCUCUGCUGCUUCUUCCUCCUGUGGCUUGGCCUGGCGGGCAGCCUGGCUCAGAGCGACCCCAGCCUCAAGGGAGAGGAGUCUUACUCGGACUGGGGCCUGCGACACCUGCGGGGCAGCUUCGAGUCGGUCAACAGCUACGUUGAUUCCUUCAUGGAGCUCCUGGGAGGGAAGAACGGGGUCUGUCAGUACCGGUGCCGAUAUGGAAAGGCGCCAAUGCCCAGACCUGGCUACAAACCUCAGGAGCCCAAUGGUUGCGGUUCCUAUUUCCUGGGUAUCAAGGUACCAGGAAGCAUGGACUUGGGCAUUCCAGCAAUGACCAAGUGUUGUAACCAGCUGGAUGUCUGCUAUGACACCUGUGGUGCCAACAAAUACCGCUGCGAUGCAAAAUUCCGAUGGUGUCUUCACUCCAUCUGCUCUGAUCUCAAGCGGAGCCUUGGCUUUGUCUCCAACGUGGAAGCAGCCUGUGAUUCUCUGGCUGACACUGUGUUCAACACCGUGUGGACCUUGGGUUGCCGGCCCUUUAUGAACAGUCAGCGGGCAGCUUGCAUCUGUGCAGAGGAGGAGAAGGAAGAGUUGUGA